AUGUCAAAGUUUAAAACUCUUGAUUCGUUCUUUAAAAGGAAAGAAGCCGACAUUUCGAAAAGUAAUACACCGUUUGAUCUUAAUACUGGAACUUCAAAUCCCGAUGAGCGUCAUCUUAAAUCUUCAAGGGUUGAAGAUGAAGAAUAUCCUUGCGGAGAAGCUCUAAUUACGGAGACACAAGAGGUUCAUUUUGCAUUAUCCACACAUAAUGUUGAUGAAGUUGAUAUUUCUUCUAUAGAACGUGAUCCAGGAUUACGUCCUCCGAUGUGGGACUAUCCAGUCAAUCAACGGGAUGAAAUAAGGCGAGCUUAUUUGAACUAUGGUCCACAUCAACUUAUUCUUCGAAAGGAACAAUAUCCACUUUCUGGACCAAAAAAGCACCCUCGUCGCUUUCAAGCUUCUUGGUUCACACAAUUUUCAACUUGGCUUGAGUAUUCUCGUUCUACGGAUGCUGCAUAUUGUCUACCAUGUUAUCUUUUUUCUACGAAAGCACUUGGACGUCCUGGAUGUGAUGUAUUUACUAUAAAGGGAUUUAGAAGUUGGAAAAAGGUUCAUGAUGGAAAAAAUUGUGCCUUUUUGACUCAUAUUGGGGAAGAUCCUUGUUCACCUCACAAUAAUGCAGUGAAAUAUUGUGAGGAUUUGCGAAAUCAAGCACAACAUAUUGAUAAAGUAUUGAAUGCACAAAGUACCGAACAAAUUCUAAAUAAUCGACUUUGUGUGAAAACUUCUAUUGAUGUUGCUCGGUGGCUUACAUUUCAAGGAUGUGCUUUAGGAGGUCAUGAUGAGACUCUUAAUUCAAAAAAUCGAGGUAAUUUUCUUGAGAUGAUUCAAAUUUUGGCAUCAUAUAAUGAGAAAGUUGCAAGUAUUGUUUUGGAAAAUGCUCCACAAUCUGCAAAGUACACUUCACAUACAAUUCAAAAGGAGAUUUUGCAUGUCAUUGCAAGUAAAGUGCGAAAUAAAAUUCAUGAAGAUAUUGGAGACUCUAAAUUUUGCAUUAUUGUUGAUGAAGCACGAGAUGAGUCUAAGAGAGAGCAAAUGGCUAUUGUUUUGAGAUUUGUUGACAAAGAUGGUUUUAUACAAGAACGUUUCUUUGAUAUAGUUCAUGUUAAAGAUACAUCGGCAUUAACUCUAAAGAAUGGAAUAUCUGAUGUUCUCUCUCGUUAUCUCCUUGAUAUUCAAAAUAUCCGUGGACAAGGAUAUGAUGGUGCCAGUAACAUGCGUGGUGAAUGGAAAUGA